AUGGACUUUUCUAACAUUUUCCGGAUCAUCAACAUCGCCGUCGGCGUGAUUAUGGUUCUCGGUGGUAUUGCUCAGUUCUUCCCUCCCUCACUAGGAGGGAUCAUUGUCGGUGCCUACGUGAUAAUCUUUGGUCUCCUGGUUGGCGGCCUGGAACUGUUGCCUACUGUUCCCGACUACGUGUAUCGUUAUGCUUCCUUCCUCUUCUCGUUCCUUGGACGUGGUGUCUUCUACAUCUUCGUUGGCUCGAUUAUGCUGCACGACCACGUGCUGCAAAAGAUUGCCGGUUCCCUCGUCGGAUUCAUCGGCCUAGGCUACAUUGUUCUGGACUUCAUCCCAUCGAUCGAGCCUCCCUCCAACAUGCGCGAAGCCGACCAGGGCUGGGGCGCUGAACAGGUCUAA